AUGACUGCUCUUUAUCUUACAGUUACAGACCAGGAAUUUCACUCCUACCCCUGCCCUCACUGCGAGUUCUCCUUCACGGGAAAACACUAUCUGGAGAAGCACUUAAAGAGUAGACACCAGGAUGAGCUCCCCCCGGAGGAGACACGGCACAACUGCACUGUGUGCAGGAGGGGGUUCAGUCGCCUGGGACACCUGGAACAGCACCAGCGCACUCACACCGGAGAGAAACCCUAUCACUGCACCGUCUGCGGGAAGAAUUUCACCCUCCUGGGCCAACUGAAAGCCCGCCAGCGCAUUCACACCGGUGAGAAACCGUACCGCUGCGUGCAAUGCGGGAACAGCUUCAAACACUUGAUCAACCUGAAAACGCACCAGCGCAUUCACACGGGGGAAAGGCCCUACCACUGCCCCGAGUGCGGGAAGCUGUUGGAGAAGAUCUGUUCAGAGGGGACAUCUGUACAGACAGGAGACAUUCCCAGCAGCAAACGGGGACAACCGACUUCCACUCUGUACCCCUGCACUGAGUGUGAGAAGAGUUUCAUGCAACUCCAGGUCUUUCGCAGACACCAGCGAGUUCACAAAGGAGAGAGCCCGUACCACUGCACUGAGUGCGGGAGAGUUUUCAGCCAGCUAGCAAACCUGAAAGUGCACCAGCGAAUUCACACCAGAGAGAAACCAUACCGCUGCACCGAAUGUGGGAAGAGUUUCAGACAAUCUGGGACCCUGAUAGAACACAGCCGAAUUGACAGCAGAGAGACUCUGUACCACUGCGUUGAAUGUGGGCUGCGGUUCAGGUAUGCCAAGGCCCUCAAAACACACUAG